AUGAUAGUUAGAUCUAAAAUUAGGAAAGAUAUAAGGCUGAGCAGACCGCCAGAAAGCUAUGAAAGACUGAUAGAAAAAUUGAGCUCUGUUUAUAAUGUAGAUGAGAAAAACAUGUGAAUUACUUAUAAUGAUGGAAGUUUUGAAGAAGAGGUGGGAAAUGAAAUUGAUUACAACAAAUUGCUAAGUCUUUUGCCAAAAUUAAUAUUUUAUAAAUAAAAUUAAUUAUAAAUUUUGCUUUGACUAUAUAAAGAGUAAGUAUUAUUGUUAAAUUAAAUAUAAUUCUCAGAGGAAAAAAUAAUUUUUAGUUAUUUAUAAAUAAUAAUUUUCUCUAGGAUAUUAUAAGAAAUUGGUAAUUUUAACUUACUCCCCCCCCCCAUCCUUGAUCGAACGGUUGACUGUAAAAAUUCCUAAAAAAUUGGGGAAAUUAACCCCCAUCCUUGAUCGAACGAUUUUCAUAUCAUGCAAAUUUUUUAUAUAUAUAAAACAUAUUAGUUAUCAAACGCUUUGGAAGAUGUGCCUAAUGAAGUUGUUUUCAGAGCUUUGAGACGACAGAAAGCUGCGAAAUCAACCAUCCGAAGUGAUUUAGACAUCAACCUAGGCUUUAAAAGCUCAAUAAUCUAAUAAAAUAGAGAUUCUUUAAAAUUUUUAAAAAAUAUUUAAUUUAAAUUAAAAUUUAUACAGUUUAAAAGGGUAACUAAUAAAUCAAAAUAUUAAAAAUUGGUAUUUUUAUGAAAUUAAUUCAAUUUUUUGCUGUAAAAAUAAUUAUUAAAUACUCUUAACCCUCUUAUUUAACCCCCAUCCUUGAUCGAACGAUGGCGAGUCGUUCGAUCAAGGAUGGGGGGGAGUUAGUAUAAAAAAUUAAAUGAAGUUGAAGUGAACGCACAUAUAAUUAACAGAAAGAAGGAGAAUAAAAGCAAAAAUACCAUUUUAUGGGUAAUUACUACAAUUGUUUUGCUUAUCUUGACUUAUCUAUUUUCAGACAAAAUUUCCAUGGAUGCAAUAGAAAAGGGAGCACACUUUGGAUAUACUUCUUUGAUAUGAAUUGGAGAAUAUUUAGCAAUUCUGCUUACUAUGAUAUUUGAUUUUAUACUCAAUUUCAGCAUUUGGGCAUUUUAUGUGAUUUCUUCCUCUUUAUCUGCGUUUUUAGGGAAUUUUACAGUCAUUUUCUAUUGAGUCCCUAUUUUAGUCCCUGGCGCUCUGCUAUCAAAGCUUGCCUGGUUUUGGAUUGCAGCAUGCAUAAGAGAACGAAUUUUUCCUAAAAUCAAAGCCUUUUAUUUUCUUCUUAUGAUCUACAGCUUUAUUCCUAACACCCUUGGAUUUAUUGUAUCAAUUAUCCUAAUAGUAUUUUUUACUGUUUCCUUACUCCCCCCCCCUCCGUGAGUGAACAAAAAAAUUUUGUUCACUCACGUCACAGAGGGGUUAAUUUUUUUUUUUAAAAAAAUUUAUAUAUAAAUUUUAUAAAAAAAUAUUUUUUUUUCGAAAUUUAAAAAAAUCCUAAUUCCCAAAAAUUGGAAAGCAAAUAUUAAUUUAAUUUAUAAAAUUUAUGUUUUAAAAAAGCAAUUCGUUUAAAAUUUAAACAGAAUUAGCUCUAGAUUUCAUUAUAAUAAUUAUCAUUUAUAUAUCAAAAUUUUUUUCCAUAAAAAAUUUUUGUAUUAAAAAAGUUUUUGUUCACUCACAGAGGUGGGGUUUUUUGGCAAAAAAUAGCGAUUUUUCUAAUGGUUUUGUUCACUCACGGAGGGGGGGGGGAGUUAGCAGUUCUUCUGCAUGAAAUCACGGGUUCAGGCUCAAUGAUCGUGCAUGCAUUUCAUCGAUGAAGAUUUGGUCGAAAAUUUUUAAAUAGUGCGGAAUUUAAGGGUUUUUUUUCAGUCAAAUGCCUCACUCAAAAAAUUAGAACAAAUUUCAAGCCGCACUACCAAAAGUAAACAAUCAUUUGGCAUGAUCCGAAAUCACACAAAUAGGCUACAAUCAAGAAGACUUAGUCUAUAUCAAAGAAGUCUUAGUUUUUCAAAUCUCUGCUUUAAUUCGUCUAUUUUAUUAUUACUAUCAUUUUAUAUAUUAUUAAUUGCAGAUUUGAUAGAAUUCAAAAAUAAUCAAAAUCACGCAAAACAGUAUAA